UACGAUUGCCCUCAAUUCAUCCAUGCUUCUAACUAUAAUACUUCACCACACCUGCUGCAGCAAGGACCAGUGAUCCAUCGUCGUGAGGUCAUCUACUCCUUCUGAUCCAGCCGAGAAACGUGUCGAUCACUUCAAAGAUACAAGUCUCCGAUAAAAUGGCGGAAGUGAACCCUAAGGCGUUCCCGCUUGCGGAUGCAACGCUCACCAACCAGAUUCUGGAUCUCGUGCAGCAAGCAUCGCACUAUAAGCAGCUUAAGAAGGGAGCCAACGAGGCCACCAAGACCCUGAACCGAGGUAUUUGCGAGUUCAUCGUCAUGGCUGCGGAUACUGAGCCCAUCGAAAUUGUGCUGGCUCUGCCACUGCUCUGCGAGGAUAAGAAUGUUCCCUACAUUUUUGUGCCCAGCAAGACUGCCCUCGGCAGAGCAUGCGGCGUCAGCAGGCCAGUCAUCGCCGCUUCGGUCACCACGAACGAGGCUCGGGAGUUACAGAGCCAGAUUCAGACCAUCAAGCAGGCUAUCGAGCGCCUGCUCAUCUAGACGAAGCGUCUAGAAAAGCCCAGCACUGCCAAACGCGUUUUGUAGCAUCUUGAUAAUUUCUAGAGGGACCUCUUCGCUUUCUGGCACUGCCUCUACGCGGGUAUCUUGAUUGCUAUGCUUAAUGUACACGAUGUUGAUGGCUGAGCGAGUGGGAGUGCAGUGUGAUGAUGGACUUUGGGGAGAUUAAACAUAGCCUUAGGAGGCAGGCUUGAACUUGUUGUAGUAUUCCUUCGCCCGGUUAGUGCUUGUUUCCGGAUACGUUUCCGGCAGCUCUCCGACCUGCUGUCCAGGAGAGCCUCCCCAGAUGGUCAAAGGCGGCACGACCGUGCCAGGUGCUAAGACUGUUCCAUCAAGAAUCUGCACACAAUCUCGAAUCAUCGACAUUCGGCC